UGGUUGUUGGCGUGUUUUCUCAGCAAUAAAUUUACAGAAGAUUCCAAUACGUGUUUUCAGGGUAUCUCCUGUAUAUAAAAGAUACCCAUAAAUACGCCAGAAAUCAAUUCAAUUCUAAAAAUGUUUGUAGCAAGCACAGUUUGUUUCUUGGUGUUUAUGUACGUAACCUCGGUUGCGUGCAGGGCUGAUCGGGAACCAGAGUGCUCUCGGUUCCAUUACGAGGAACAACUCCUUGAAAAGAUGGUCCGAAUGGAAUUUAACGUGGAGCGAAUACAGCAACGACUUGACAGUGUUUCGGAGUCAUGCGCAAAAUUGGAAGACAGUACCCGACUAAAGGAGGAAGUGAAAGAUCAAGUUGGAUCCGUGUAUACACGCUGGGGCCGAGAUACGUGUCCAACAGGGUCUUCGUUCAUCUAUGACGGAUUUGUGGCAGGUUCCCAUUAUACUCACACAGGAAGUGGCGUGAACUAUCUUUGUCUAUCCAAGGAACCAAGAUGGGCUAACGGAAGUCCAACGGCAUCUGAGGUUGGUUUGAUAUAUGGUGCAGAAUACGAGAUCAAUACGGCAAAUAUCUUGACGCAUAUCCAUAACAACGAGGUUCCUUGUGCAGCGUGUAAAUCCAGAGGAGCGACCAUAAUGAUCCCAGGAAGGAAUAUUUGCUAUCACGGAUGGAAACUUGAGUACUACGGAUACCUGAUGGCAUCGUUUCAAAGUCACGCCGGCAGCAAAGAAUUUAUCUGCGUAGAUUCAGAGGCGAUGGUUGCAGAAGGGAGCAAUUCUGGCGACCAGAACGGAGCCUUGCUGUAUUUUGUGAAGGCUGUGUGCGGUGCACUGAAGUGUCCACCGUACGACGGAAAUAAACUCAUUACGUGUGCGGUCUGUUCUCAAACUAAAUAAUCAAUACGGAGGACAUAAAACAAAAUACGAUUAUGUCAAUAUUGUUCGGUUUUAUAUGGAAAUCAUAGUCGAAUAUUGCCCAUAAUAUAUUUGGCGUUAAUUUUACAAUUAUAAAGACAUGUUAAUAAACGCAUUUAUUGCUGUAACAAGUGGAAUGAACAAUUAUCAAACGUCAGUAUUCUACUUGACAUGUAAAUGUGUCAUGUCGCAAACCAUUAUGAAUGAACAAAAAAGGUGUGUACCGGUUAAAAAUAUUAUACCUUCAAAACCAAACAACCUAUACUUUAUUUUAUCACAUCUCGCAACAAAUAUGUAAACCGUAUGGCGGUAAAAAAAAACUGAUUACAUAGAGGAUAUUCGUUGGAUUCGGUGGAUUUUAAUUCACGAGCGAUCAUAGAAAAUAACAUUUUCACGAGUGGCGCAGCCACGAGUGUUGCGCCACUCGUGAAAAUAUAUUUGUUCUAUGAUCACGAGUGAAUUAAAAACGAUAUUCUACCGAAUCCAACGCAUUUUAUUUUUAUUUUAUGCUUUUUUUCACAGUUUAUAUACACUGUUAAAGACUUAAACGAAAUAAUUUCGCUGGGAUAAUUACGUCAUUUCGUCAAAAAAUGACGUAAUUUCACAGUUAACAAUGAAUUAAUUUACUGAUAUUUCUCUAUAAUCCACCGGAAAGCAUAAAAUAAUUGCGCGUUUUGUUCUGACACUCAAUAACGAAGACGGGCUACAAAGGAAUGAUAAUUUACGUUUCUUAUAUUCAGCCGUCGUAUAUGCAGUAAUUAGAUCUAACAAACAUAUUAUUAAACUUAUAUUAAUAUUACAUUUAUUUUCCAAAUAUGAGCAGAAACAUGUAGUGUUGCAACAUUUUUAAAGAAAAUAACGUUACUUGCCAGAAUAAUACAUGUAAACGUAUUGAGCCUCUUUCCCAUUUGAAAUAAAUGUAUGUAUAUUAAAUCUUGGAACAAUAAAAAAGACGCAUAUUUCCCGGUGCAUAACCACAACCUGCAUCAAAUCUAUUGAU